AUGAACAGAAGUGGCGCUUGCGCUGGUUACAGUGAUACGUACCCUCGGGAUUGCCCAACUUCCAAAAUGCAAUUCUCGAUUCACCCUCCCAGCACAACGGAGGCAACAUUCGGCGGUUUUCCACGGUGUGCGCCUAAUUGGUCUUUCGUCUACUCGCACACACCCAGCCACCGCAGACCGCCGUUUAGCCACUACUUCAAUUAUAAUUCCUUCUGCUUCGCCUCUUCAGAGUUCAGACACAUGUUAGACACCCCUCUGAUAAUAGACUGGUCAACAGAUGUGGAUGUGACACAGACAGGGAAGGUUAUGGAUGUCCAGGCUAUGCAGUUGGGCUGGAGCGAUGCAAAUGUUGCAGAGCAUACAACAGACACCGGUGGAGUGAAUACUAUGCUCACUUCAAUCAAACACUCUCGCGGGUUCCAGCCAAAGGCACGGAACCAGCUCAUUUGUCGUCUCAUGUUUCAUGUUUGCAAUGAAGAUGACGAUGAUACGGAUGAUGAGCUAGACUGGUACCCCAACUCGGGCGUCCGAGUGAUCCUCAAUGCGCCCAGCUCAGGACUCUGCGCAAAUGGUAACCGCGCAAUCUUCGGUGUCGAAGCGUUGCACCUGAGCAGAGUAGCCAAUGCACAACGGGCGCGGCCGAUCAAGGAUAACGCGGCAGCACGGCGGUUUACGCAGGCCAACGGUGUUGAGCCUUACAAAGAAAUUCAGACGAAACGGGAGGAAUAA